AGUUGCUGAUCGGCCUUGGCAAUCGACGAGCGGUCAACGACUUUAUAUAUGUUCUCGAAUUUUUAAAUAAUGUUGUUUACUUACCUAGUUAUGUAGGUGUCUUCUACCGACAAGGUCGAUGUUAAGUCAUUGGUUAUUCUCAGUGUAAAACUUAAUUUGCAUGCGUGUACUAGUGCCUUGGAUUACAUAAAGAUAUCCUCUACACUGUUUUACGUUUAAAUGUUUAAUUGUGACUUUUGUUAAGAUGAAAAGUGAACCGGGAAAAUGGACCUUAACAAGCGGCUGCUGCUGCAAAAGCACCAGCAGGACAUUAUCGAUGAUCUAGAUGUGGUGUAUAUUUAUGAUGAGCUGUUCACAAAAAACGUCAUUUCAGCCGAAGAGUUCCAACAUAUUCUCAAUGUUAACUCUCGCGUCGAAAAAACUCGAUUCUUAUUGGAAUCGUUGAUCCGUAGUGGUAGCAACAAGUCCUAUGAGGCCUUUGUAGACAGCCUUCAUAAAGACUAUAAGUGGCUUUGGGAGAAACUGGCCAUAGAGAACAACAAUCCGAUGCCUAAUGAUAGUUUUGAGGACAGCCUUAGCAAAGGCGAUGUGCCGAGGCUGCCGGACCAUCAUGUGAGAAGAGCAAAAGUGGAACAAAUUGUAGCAGAUAGCCUUAAAGCGCUGACGCGACAUAAGGUCUUGGCAAUUCAUGGAAUGCCUGGCUCGGGGAAGACUUGUGUCGUGCUCAGUGCUUUACGAGAUAACCCUGAUCUGGUUACCAACAACUUCAACGGCGUGGUAUUCUGGGUCAACUUUGGCAACUGUAAGACUGACGAUGACAUUAUUUUUCAGCAAAGCAAACUAUUAAGAAAAGCGUCCUCAAUUUACACGCAAAAUUCGUACAUGAACUCAACAAUUUCUAUGUCGAGUAUUGGCUCUAAUGGCGAUAGUCACUCCUCAUCAAAUUACGAGUGGACCAUGAUCGAUCUCAAGGACAAACUGAAGGCCCAGUUCUCUGAGACGCCUUUGAAAGAAUCCCUUCUUAUCUUAGACGAGGUGAACGAUAAGAAAGGCUUGGAAGCUUUCGAUAUCGGAUGCAAGAUUCUGGUGACUACAAGGGACACGAGUGUGGUUGCUAACUAUCAUCCGCAGAUCAUCAAAAUAGAAAACAGCUUAGAAGAAAAAGAAUCUUUAGAAAUCUUCGCUUUAUCUCUUGAAGUACCUGUGUCCAAGCUACCGUGGCAGGCUAAGAAAAUACAUGAGAUUUGCAAAGGAAGUCCGUUCAACAUCGGCCUCAUUGGAGCCCAGUUGGCCGAAAAUAGGGAGCGAUUGAUCGACGACCCAAAACGAUGGAAUUACUAUGUUAAAGAGCUGAAGAAAAAGAACCAUUUUUCAUUCAUCCCAACAAGUCAGUCCUACAAUCCAAUGAAAACAAUUGAAGUGUGCAUCAACUCUUUAAACGACACAGUUCUUCCAUUAUUUAAGAAGCUCAAAAUUCUCCCAGAUAAUGUCAAAGUAUCUGCCAAAGUUUUAAGCAAACUAUGGAAUAUUGACGCUACGAAAGUAGAAUCGAUUAUGAAGGAAUUGCGAAGUAAAUCGUUAAUAAUCGAGUUCUACGAUCGAGAGCAGAGAAACUAUAUGUACGAAAUACAUGAUCUUAUUAUGAAAUACUUGAAGAGUACGAAUGAGGAUGACUGCAAGAAGUUGCACUCAGAAUUCCUUAAUAGUUACAACUAUAAUAUCACAAACCCACCUUUAGAUAUUGUGGAUGACGGUUAUAUAGCCUUUUACAUCGGCUAUCAUAUCAAACAUACGGAAAAUGUACACGAUAAGUGGAGCCUUUUCAACAAAUUGUUCUUGAAUCUGAAGUUUUUGGGAAACAAAGUCAGGGCGACGGGUACAGCUGAUGUGGUGUCGGAUUUACAGAACUAUGAAAGUUAUAUUAUCAAACAUGAAUUAGACAGGGAACUGCUAAACAGCAUCAAAGCGUUCCUAAUCACGCACGGAACUGAUCUAUUCCAUUACCCUUGCACCGACAUUAUUCAGAGCAUUCUGCAAAACGAAUCGAAAGGCAUACUCUAUUCGAAAGCAUCGCAGAUAGCUCAGGAAAAUUGCAAUAACAAUGAGCUGUAUUUUGAUUUUCUCCAUGAACAGAACGUGGAUGAGAUCAAACACUCUACAAUUGACGUGAAGGACACCAUCACGGCUGUAUGCUUUCUAAAGGAUUACGUACUUGUCGGUACUAACUCCGGUCUCAUUAAGUUCUUCCACAUCUUCACGAACAAACUUCGCAAAGAGCUCCGCGGUACGGGGUCGCCUAUCAAAUGGAUCGGUGUAUCAUGUGCUACGUUCCCGCCAGUUGUGGCCGCUUUAGCUUACGACGGAGUUAUCAAACUGUGGUACGUUGACGACAUCGAUUGCGAAGAGACUGAUGAUGUUAUUGAAGAAGAACCUGAAGAAAACUACAAAUACAAUAACAGCUACGCAGACACAGAAACCAUUCAGGGCUCAUACCUAAACUGCAGAUGGGCGAACAACGAAAAGUACCUAAUUUUACACACCAACAAGAAGAUUAUCUUCUAUGAUCCAUACAGAAAUGAACGAAAUAAGGUUUUCAAAACUAUACAAGAUUUCGACCGAGAUAGGGAGAUUUUAUGCUGUGUCCCUUACAAUUAUGACAAGCAUAUCAUCGUGGCCACAGACGGUAAUACGAAGCUGGUCGAAGUUAUCGACUUGAAGACUAAUAGCAGAGUCAUUACUUUCGAAGAGACUGAUAUAGUUUUAGAUCUGGUUACAGUUCCUCGUAGCAACAAAAUCAUUACACUAAAACCCAACGAAAUUAUGGAGCAUGAAAUUAGAUUGAACUCCAGUACAUUAAAAUCGAGUACUUGUCGAUGUCGAAGAGUUAUUUUAAGUGAUGAUAUUAAAGAGAAUAUGUUGUUCUUGACUGUUGCUGUGAAUAAAACUGGGACUCUGUUGUUUGUGUCUACUGAUGAUAGCCGAGUCGUGUGUAUUGAUCUGAAGACUUAUACUUGGAGCUUUGAUUUGGAGAAUCGGAGGGGUAACGUAGUAGCAAUGGCAGUGAGUGAGAUGAUGUGGGAUGAAUUCGAGCCCGGUUCUGAUGUACUACUCACCGGUACCGGUUGUAUUGAAGAUUCUGCCAAAGUCUGGUACUUGGACGCUUCGUAUAUUUCACAAACGGCGCAGAAGAAUGGGAGAGUACGUCUAACAACAAAAUUCGACGUGAGUUUCGUCAACCCUCUUUCGCCGCACACACCCAACUCAAAUUCACCUAACAGUGGCACUGAGAGUGUUAACCCUUCACCUAGAAGGCACCAAUCAUUUGCCAACCAUCAUCAAAGAGAGGUCACCAAAACACUACUUAAAAAUUCCAUGAGCUUAGAUAGAAGCUCACUAAAACCGUUGAAUUUGAAAGGAAUUUGUAACAACAAUGAAAAUAUUCUCCAACCCUUAUUGGCUGUGGUCGAUGAUAAGAAUAAUAUUCAGGUAAUGCGCGGAAGAAAAGUUUUAACAGAAAUCAUCGAAGAAUCAGACAAAUAUAUUACCCGAGUAAAAAUCUCUCCGUGCAAUCAGUACAUUAUUUACGGACUGAAAUCCGGUACCGUGAAAAGAUAUACGUUACGUACGAAAGUUAAUAAAGAAAUAUUGGAUAUUUACUGCCCAGUGCAAUAUUUGAACUUUGUCAAUCCUAAUUUGUUGAUCGUUGCGGGUAAGAAUACGUGUUUGAUGGCUUAUCGGUUGACUGUGAAUGGUGUCUGGGAGCCUGAAAUGAUGCAGAGGGGUAACAAUAAUCUUGGAUCGCAGGAGAUACUCAAUGAUCUUCAGGACUUGAGGGGCCCAGGAUUUGUCUCGACAGGAGACAGAGAAACCAAACCAUUGGCGAUGAGACUCCAACACAAAAUUUCGUCGUUGUUUCUUGGAUGUGUCAAAAAAAAGAACGGCCACUCCGAAAGACUGCCAAGUUCAGGAAGCGAUAACAGUAUCUCUUCAAGAGAUCGAUUAUUCCCUAACGGAGAGCAUAAAAGUCUUUGCAAAGGCAGUGGGCUCGUCGAGUGCUUUUACGUUAAAGACUUAGGAAUUAUUACCAUUGAGUAUAAUGCUACUAUCAAGCUGUGGGAUGAUAGUUUGAAACUUCGCACAAUACUGAAUGGAAGGCAGGCCGAUGUGUGCAUCACUUCGGCCGCUUUGCAGAAUAAUGUGCUUGUUAUUUGUGAGAAGAAUAAUAACGCUUUUCAGACAUUUCAACUUAAAGUAGGCGAUGAUGUAGAACUGCAAACUAUCCAGGAAUAUAGAUUGAACAACGCCAUUAUCUCAUGCGAUCUGACAGCCGACGGGAAUAUACUCGCUUUGGGACUCGAUUCCGGAAUGGUUGUGGUAUGGAACGUGCGAAGUCAGCGUCAACUAAGCCUACUAAAGCACCACAAGUCGAAAGUCCACUGGUGUUCAUUCUCCCCAGUCCCAGAGCGUUCUAACCGCAACUCUAUGACGUCAUCACCCCAUCCCGUGCAGUCGCCCUACCACUUCCCUUCCACGCAAGACGAUGACGACAGUGAACAGCCGCCAUUAGUGCUCGUUACCAUGGCAACGGAGAUUGUUUGGUGGAAUAUCACGCAGGUUAUGAAGGCGCAGAAGUUUAAGAUGGGAAAGAGAACGUACAACGUAAUGUCACCGAUCGGCAGCCCGCUAGAGAACAGAGGCGACACGCCGAAUGCUAACAACAGUUCUAAUACAAGCGCCGCAGCACAUUGCAAUUUCUUCUUCGGAGACGGGUACGAUAUGCCUCAACAAUGCUGGAAAGCUAUCUGGAAGAAGAAAACAUGCAAACAAGGUUCAAAAAGAAAAGAAAUCUUAGCCUGCAUCAAACUAUCAGGUAUGAACGCGAAGAGGCUGAGCCACGACGAUAAAUUCUCCUGUUUCGUCACCGUGGACAAUCCCGGCCAUAUUCACAUCAUGAACGUUAUGCGGACGAAUAAUACAUAGCAUACGAUCACUGCCAUAUUGUGCCCUAUGUGAAGCAAUAUUCAUGUCACUUACAUCCUUUCACCGCUAAGAACCAAGUAAAUAGGUUUUAUUCAAAAGGUUGUGCCAAGCGUUCCAUUUCUGAACGGAUAAUGUUGUGUCACUUCUCGCAGGGUUGUGAUUGGUCGAUGUUAUUUGUGGCCAAUUGUAUGCUGUAUGGAGUGUGGAUUUAUAGAGAAUUUAAAACGCCAAAUAAAUUAAUGAGAUUAUCUUAUGUAUACAGUCAAAAUAAAUUCAAUGCAAAAUAAAGGUGCUACUUUUCAUAUAAUUUUGUAAAAAGAAACCGAACUGACAGUUAUUAGUGCCAAAUAAUUUACUUAAUUUUAUCUAAAAUAGAAUUAUUAUAUCUAGGGAUGGGUAGGUGAAGGGUUGUUUUAGCGGUAAAAGGAUAAUAAACUAUUACAUAUCAAUUAUAAAGACGACUGUAGUAACUAUCUGCUCAAUGAAAUACUUAAGGACUAAACACUGCCUUCAAUGCAUUUAUUUUUAAAUAGUGAAAUAAUACUCGUAACAUUAUUGUUUAGAAAGUGCUCGCGGUUAUAUUACUUACUAUAUUAGGUGCUAUUAUUUUUGUCACAAAUUGUAAUCAAUACGUAAAGUGAAUACUUUUUACUGGAAACUUGCAAACAUUUUAUUGUUUUAUAGUACUUUAAAUGAGUAGUUUGAUUAUUAUGCCACGUUACUCAGGAGCGUAAAUGACAAUUAUAUACUAAACUAGAAUACUUUUUGAGAUUCUCAUUUCUCUGUGCUAGUCCUUUGCAUUUUUUCUUAACCACACAUCAAUGGAUAUUGCUUUACAUAGCUAUGUUAUAUCAUGAACUGUUAUUUUAUAGAAUAGUACAUUUUAGUAUGAGUUUAUUGUAACGUCAAUCCCACCAGUAGUGGUAUGCUCUAUUUGAUUUGGGUAAACUAUCACCACAUUAGUUGAAAUUAAAUUAUUUUUUAAUCCUUUGGCUAAGUAGAUGCAAUUAAAUAAAUACCUACUGCAUGUGGGUGUGGGUGGCCCAGAUCGAAACUAACUAUAAUUUGAAUGUUUUUUCGAUAGUUAAUAAUUAAAAUCAAUUAUUUUAUUUCUUAUGAUUAUGUAUGUAGGGGGUUUUUUGUAUUUAACCCUGAAGAUAUUCUAAAAAUACAUGCAAUAAACUUAUGAAUUUUUGAAUGCAGGUGACUGUUAGUUUGUUACAAAAUUCGGUAAUCUCUAGAAAAUAUCUGUUUUUUUGGGGCUCAAAGAUUACAAACGAGUUAUGUGCCAUUUUUCGGCUUUUUAGAAAUAAUUAAUGAAUCUUUAGGUUAAAGGAAGAAAAAUGAAAUAUGUUUAUUCUUUUGAACAAUUAAGAGUACAUACGUGAAUAGAGCUCACUUUGUUUGCUCAUCGUACUUUAAAUGCCCAGAACAAUUCCAAUAUACUCUAUGCUUAGGGCAAUUCUUAUAUGUAAUUAUGUUAAGUCCAUGAUAGAUCUCCCUGUUAAACAUAAUUUUGUAAUUUUUAUGAACUAAAUAAUGUAAUGGUGCUUAAUAAUAAGACGUAGUAUAUAAACGUUUAUAUUUACCGACAACUAUAAAUUCAAAUAAAUUUACGACUGCUUUCAGCUAAAACAUCAUAAUGGGAAUCAAAAUUAAAUUUUAUCAAAAUCCAUAAUGUCACAAAUCUUGAGCAUUUAUAUGGAAACGGCAUAGUACCAUCGCUCUAGAAAUCUUUUUUACAAUAUAAUCACGCACAAAGUUACCUAAUAUUAAUAUUUAUUUUGACAAGACGUUUCAGGCUGUAUCCCUAUUAAAUGCUCUAGGUUUAAGAACUCUUUGAACAUCAAUGUAUCGUGAAAAGCUGACGAAAAAAAAAAACUUUGUGGUCAAGCAUCAAAUCCUAGGGUGCUAGAUGUAAGAAGAUAAUUUUUAACAGGAUUUAUGAAAAAGAGGAAAAGAUAGAACAAAAAUGAACAACGAUAUAGAACCAUAAAAUGUACAUAAAUUAAUUACUUAUUUAAAGUUGUCGGAAUUUUAUACUUACGGUAAAAUAUUCUUUGUACAGAUAAGAAUAUGAAAACGAGACUUUAGCCUUUAUUGCAGUGGGUAUUCGAAAUUUUGUGAUUAUUGUAGAAAAUUAUAGCUUUAUCUUAGUUUUAUGCCACUGCACAGUAAGGUUAAUCAAAAUUUACUGCCCAAAAAUGUGGUCGCACAGACAUAAUAGAUAAUAAAAGAGUUCCGUAGUUAUUAAUGUUAUAAGAAAUAUCUCGCAUUGUGUAUCCAAGAUAGUAGGCAAAAUCAACGAAUAAAUACUACAGAGGAUUGUUGAACAAUUUGUGUUUAAAAGUGGCUCGAACAAUAUGCUGAUAAUUUGAUGCCAUUAAUGGCAUAUUGAUUUCGCUUGUUUUUCAAGAGUAUCUUUGUCCAUUUUCUCCAAAACAAUUGAACUGAACAGUAAUCUCGUAUGUCUGCGGAACUUUUCCACUAGAAUUUAUGCUCAAUUCGUGUUUUACAAUAUGUACGUAUUUUUUUACAAUAUAUUAAAUAAUUAUAUUCAAUUCAGCAUAAUUAAUCAAUAACAAUGCAAUGUAAAAUUUUUACCGUCUCAAAUUUUCAGCUAACAUCGAAAUUAUAUUUUAUUGAAGUGAUUGAUGAUUGGUUUUGUAAUAAGGAAAAUAUUUUAAAUAUAUUUUUUGAUAAUACGUUAUUUUAUUUUUAAUACAUAUAUUAAAAAAUC